CUGACUGCCGUGCAUCGGCUGUUGACAUCAGAGAUGGUUUUCUGCGGUUGUACUGAAAGUGACGGAUUGCGACUGUUGACCACCAGCGCAACCAUUGACCACGGGUUUGGCCGUGAGUCUACCGAGACGGAUUGUAAAUUCAUGCGGCCAAGAUCCUUCCGUGGAUGGCCCGAAAGCGUUUCCACUGUUUGA